GUUUUAGUUUACCUUCAAGUGUAUUUGACAUGCGGGCGGUUAUUAUUUGCAGUGUGUUUUGUCAUUUUGAGAAGUUUCAGUUCGACACACAGAAUCCUAAUCAAUCACAUAGACCUGUCAAAUUGCUAGCGCACAAACCUUUAUCACCACGGCAACGUUUAACCAUUUGCAGUGCCACAAUAUGUUUUUCAUAUCUGGUGACCUUUGCUCGGGUGGGAUGCAGCCUACUCCUUGCACACAUUUACUUUGUCAUCAUGGACACGGGACUUUGUCCUCUGUCUUUAUGAGCCAGUCUCAAGUGUUCGCUCGCACUACGACUUGAAUGUUUGCUGAAUUUUAAAUAUUACUUAAAGGACCAGUGAAAUUACAUUAAACACAAACGUGAGCCAGCUCAAGUUUGGUUGUGAAAGGUGGAUUCAGUUUGAAGUUCCUUAUUCCUUCCUGCUCAAUGUAGUAGAACGACAAGAGCUGACUGAAAUCCGCAUUAACGCACUUCGUGAUGCUGAAUGCUCCCUGAAAAUAAUCAGGUGUGUGUGAGGAUGUACAGGAGUGACAGUCCACUGGGGAGUUUUGCAGGAUCCAUCCAGUCCAAUGGAUACUCGGUCACAGAUGAGGUGUCGUCACAGGUGUCAUGUUUGUCGCGGCCCAACGCAAAGUCAAUAUACUUGCGAAGGAAGGAGUACGCCACCUCCAUGAACAAGACCAUCAAGUAUUUCCAUUACAGAGUGGAGCAUCUCCUCACAUGCGACUUGGACGGCGAAGAGCUGCGAGGCCUCACCGACUGUGUGGAGAGGCUCAAUCUGCUGGACAAGAUGGGUCGAGUGUGGGGCCAGAACAUGCUGCUGGAGGUCAACGGGCCCGACCUGCUGCUCACGGACAUGGAGACCAAGGAGGUUCUGGAGUCCAUUCAUCUGUGUGACAUUCUGGAGCUGAAGGCGGCAUUGGACACUUCGGCGUCAAACUCGCUCCUGACGGUGACAGUCAAACCCAGCAGGAAACACACCACUAGCAUCUUCCUGUUCCACUGCGAGGACGUCAGGGCUGAUUACGUCCAACGGGGUCUCUCACAAGCAUGUUUAAGUGCAGCACAUGAAAAAGCGACAACCCCAAGUAAAGUUGAACCUGAAGAGAAACCCCCCGAGUGGGCCCCUCCCGAUUACAACGAGGACACUGACCUGGUUGUAGCUCUGAAGGAUGUGGAUGACGAUGAGGAGGAGGAGGAGGAGGAGGAGGAGGAGGCGAAGGCCCCCAACAAAGAAGAACCGUUGCAUCCUCCGCGACCUUACACAGAGCUGGACAGAAACGUGGACAUCUUAAAUCACAUCGUCAGUGACAUUGAGAUCUUCAUGGGAAAGGUGGCCGCUGCAGUGGCGAAAAAUGCCCAGAAAAAGAAGAAAAAGAAAAAAGGAAAAGUAAUGGCCGGGAUGCCGCCAACGCUGGAGUUUGCAGAGUGUCUUCAAAAGAUCAAAUACGGUUUCAACCUUCUGGUGGCGCUGAAGGGAGAGAUCGAUAACCCGGGUGUGUCCGAAUUUGUGCACUCCUUGUUCUCUGCGUUAGGAUUUGUGGUAUCUCAUUGCUCUGAAGACGUGCCCCCGAGCAUCGUGGCGCCCCUGCUGACUCCUCAGUGCAUCUGUCUCAUGAGCGAGGAGGUGUCCACAGAGGAGGACCAGCUGUGGCAGUCUUUGGGAGACGCCUGGAAUAUCCCCAGCACCAAAUGGCCCGAGGAUGACGAGGACAUCCCAACAUACACUCUGGAGCUCUUUGACGGCUGGCAGCCUCCUGAGCUGAGGGAGGCCCCCGCAGCCGCCGCGAAGACCCCGGUGAGGGCGCGAGAGGUUCGACAGCCCCCGCCCAGCAAGACCACCACCAAGACGACGCCGGCACCUCGUGCUCCAGUAACACAACCUGCAAGGAUACCUGCGAUGUCAAGGCCGCAGGAGAAGAAGCUGCGUCGCAUGCGCGUCACGCACGACUUCAUCUCGAGGAACGACAGAGAGCUGACUAUCAGGAGAGGCGAAGUCGUGGAGCUGCUGGACGUGACCAAGGAGUGGUGGAAAGUGAGGAACAGCAGAGGGGAAGAAGGUUUCGUCCCCAACAAUGUCCUCACUGUUGAAGAUGAAGAAGAAGCUGAUGACGCGCCCACUGGAGGCUCUCCUGUCUUAAGCAAGAAGUCCAAACCAGCAGAGGUGAAAGCCUGGCUUGAACACAUGGGCUUCACAAAGAUCACGGUGCGCUGUCUGGGCGUGCUGAGCGGCUCCAUGCUCCUGAGCAUGACCCGAGAGGAACUGAAGACGGUGUGUCCAGAAGAAGGCGGGAGGGUCUUCUUCCAAUUACAAGCUGUCCGCUCCGCCGCCCUCGCUGCUGCAAACUGAGGCGGAGAGCGGUCAUGGAGAGAACAUCACCAGAAUCUUAAGCUCACGACAGACAAACUGCUUAUCAUUUUUACAUUGGCACUUUUCGCAUUAGAUAUGACACAUAUUUAUGCAUAUGUAACAAAUCACUGGGAUUUUUACGUUAUUAUACACUCACUGGACUUCAAAAUUCAGCAUUUACAAAGAUAGUAAUGCUAGCUUUUGAUUGACACACUCACAAAAAUAUCAAUUUAACAACAGCAACAACUCUCACAUUCACACCCAUGGACAAGUCAAUUCAAUUCGGGAGUACCCAGAGAAAACCAGGAAGGCCGGAGCUGAGAUUUGAACAACAAAAACCGUGGCGCUGUGACACAGCCAUGCUACCAUUUUUCUCAUAAUGUACAGUAUAUGUUUAUAUUCUGCUGGUUCACUUUACAAUCUAAAUUUCAUUAAAUUAUAUAAUUUAUUCCCA